AUGGUAACCGGCGGCGUAUGGCGUCCCAACUCUCUCCCUCUCUACAGCCGAGGCGGAGGCGCCUCGAGCCCGAGCGGCGAGCUGCCGCGCUACAGCCGGUCGAGCUCUGACGGCCAACACAAACUGGGCAACUCUCGGAGCGGACACGCGACCUCGCGGAAGAAGGGGAAGCGACGGCGGCGACUGAGCCGAAUCGGCCGGUUCGUCGUCCUUAUCUUGCUGCUGCUUCUCGCUCUUUGGCUGGUCGUCCUCUGGCGGUGGGCGGCAGUCCCGGCCGGAUCUCCGCAGUCCGGAGACGUGCAUGUCCUGGUGGAUCAGGAACCGACGCCUGGAGCCAGUCCCCACGGGUCGGCAGCCGCGAGUGCGGCGGCAAGUGGCGAAUCCGAGGGUGAACGCGGCUCUCAGAACCAUGGAGAGCGCAUGAAGGAAACGGUUCCGACCGUCCACAAAAGUUCAGCGAUCAAACCCGAGCCUGCUGCUCCGGUUUCGACCGGGGAGGAAGCGGCCAGACCCGCUCCUUCGAGGGAUGGCGCAACUUCGAGUUCGUCGCCUCCGCCGCUGUCGCAAGAGCCUUCCGUUUCCCAAGACGAAACGGGCGGGACGCCAGGAACCGCAGAAGAGACGAAGAAGUCGUCUGACAGGGGCAACGGCCCUCCGCAAACCCGUGCAGAUACGGAUUCUCCGCCGCCUCCCGCUUUGAGUCAGUCGCAAGACACCCAAACCGCGACGCCGAAACCCGAUGUCGCCGCCACUGCUCCCGCUUCCGAGAGGGCCUUCUCCACCGCACGCAGUGUCCCGGUUGAAAAGGGUAUUGCUUCGGACGCCAAAGACGCAGAGGUGCGUGCGGUAAAUCGAGGUGGAUCUGUGGAGUCGACGAGAGCCAGUGAGCGAAAGGCCAGUCCGCAGAACGCGCCUGCUGAGGAGUCGCCGGAACGGAAGUCGCCGCUGGUGGAGCAACGCGACAAGCCGGAGGCUCAAAGCGGUGCGCCUGGAGGCAGCCAGCAAGGCGAGGCGGAUACAGACCACGUGGACACUGUGGGCAGCGUCUCGGUCAAACAGGCGAGCUCCGGGGCAGAUGCGAACAGGCAAGAGGAAAUACGAGAUGCUGCAGGAGUCAGGCGUCGUCCUACGGACGGGGCGCUAGCCUCUGAGAAGAGAGUCCAGAGCGUGGCGGCCACGGAUCAGGCGGUUGACGCCAGCCGUUCAAGGCAGACGUGGAAUCGAAGGGAUCCAGCGCAGGAUGGAAGACCGACCGGGGAGUCUGCACACGAACCACGGGCAGGAGGUGAACGGGCGAGUCUCUCUCCGUUAAAAACGACGCGGGUGGCUGCCUCACGCGGUGAAGUUGAAGUGCCGCAGAUCCGUCCACAAGGACGCGAACGCGUGGUGCACGCCGCGAAGGUGGAGCCUGCAGUCAGUUGGGGAAGAGAGCGGCCGGAGUCCGUCGAGGAAGACAGCGAAGAGGACUUCCUCCCGGACUGGCAAAGCCCUGUGGAUGCACGAGGCCGGCCGAUGGCAGAGGGGCCAGGCGCGCAAGACGCGCGCCGACCGUACAGAACGCAUGCCCAGGCGCAAGGCCGAAUGGGGGAAGUUUCGUGGCAGCGCUGGUCCCCGGUUUUCUCAGAGGACAGCCACCUGCCUGUUGCAGAGCUGAAGCGUGCGUCCCGCGGAGGGUCCAUCGCGGCAUUCCACGGCCACGGCUCUGUGGGCGUUCUGACAGAAGGCGCCUUUGGUCCAGGACAGAGACCCGAGCGCCCGUUCGCCUCGAAAGGGACAGCGAGCUUGCCGGAGACGCGUUCUGCCGACCGGCGCUUCAGUCGGUGGGGGCGGGUGGACGAAGAAGCCAGGCCUGAGGGACAGCGGGAGUCGUAUGACCCCGAAGAGGCGCCCGAACUCGUUGGUUUCAGAUCGGGGCCCAGCUCUGGUUUCGUGCGCAACGCGGCGCAGGAAAGGGAAGCGAUGCAGCGGGCGGCGCAUGCCUUUUGGGCCCCGCAUCCCGAGAAUGUUGGAGUUGUCCGAAGAGAGCACGCGUGGCGGGAAGGGGCGCAGGUCAGAGCUGAAGAUGCGCCGUUCUAUAGAGGACUGCCCCGCUUCCCAGAGGAUGAAGACACUCGACCCUGGAGGCAAGGGGAAGUGGCGCAGCCUGUGGCCCGAGCGCACCGUCGCGUCAACCUGGACCCAGUCGAUCGGCAAAGAGAAGCGCCUUCGAAGGUCGAAGAGGAAACAUCUCAAGGGAACCCGAGGACACGAAAGGGGGAUGGCAUCAAACCUAACGUACGUGGACGGAAGAAAGGCUACCUGGAAAACGGUUCCCGUGCCCAGGUCUGGAGCGCCUUAAGUGACGCUAGAGUGGAUUCCGAGAAACUGGAGUGA